AUGCCGCAGUGGGGCAUAGUCAAGUUCAGUGACAACGUACAGCACAUGGAUACAAUUAGACGAAUGAUUGGCUAUCUGAUUCCGGUCACAUUGAAAAGCUCUGCCGAUGUCAUCGAGUGGUGCGACAAAAACAGGAAUUCCAGCCAUGAUGGUGUGGCUAGGAGGACGAAAUGUGUUCCAUUUCCAGUCCCCUUCGAUGAUUCAGUGAAGGGAUCCCAAGAACUUGCGUCACUUGCGUCACUUGGACACGAAGAUCCGAACCACAAAACGAAGCCGUGUAAGCAAGAUGUCUUCGAGAUGGUGGUUGGUUGGGACCUUGUUGAGGAGUGCGAUCCACUUGGCGAGCUGUUUCUUAUGCCCGUGCACGAGCUGCUGGACCAUCAACCCCGGGACAUUUUCGAGAUGUAUACAUAUCGCAACGUCCAUGGAUUGUUGUUAACACGCUCUCGUGGCGGCGGCGGCUCGGCCACCAAUCGGUUUAAGGAAGGUGUUUCUGAUUACAAGCAGGACUACGUGGGCAUCCACAAACAGGACGGAAAGAUGCAGUACCAGUUUGACCUCGUGUAA